AUGGAUAGUGUGGGAAAGUCCACAUUUAUUAACUCAAUCGUAAACUAUAUGUCUUUCGAGAGUAUGGAUGCGGCGAACGGACGGCCCAUAUGUUUAAUACCCGGAGAAAGGCCGCCAAAUGUUGACAUCCCUUAUAACAAGAAUACAGUCUAUUGUUUCGAUUGCGAGUCAUUUCGAUAUCUCGUGGCUUCGGUUCCGCCAAAUAAUAUACAGUUUGACCCGAAAUAUAAGUCCAGUUAUGUUGAGAGUUGGAAAAUAUCUGUGAAUGAAUGUAAACGUUUAUUUGAGCGCAUAAUACAACUCACACCACACAAAGUGAUGGACACACUAUCGGUGAACGACACCAAACAAAUCAUUCAAAUGUUAACCAAACCGUUGGCCGACAUCACGAAGAAUAUCGCGGAUAACAUAAAUCAGUGCCAAAGACAUAGCGUUGGUAUCAAACAAAGUUCGGGAACCAUUAAAGAACUUCGCCAUAAACUAUACAUACCAUCGGUUGAGAUAAUAACCACACCAUUAGAUCGACCAAAGACUGUAUGCGGUGACGGCCAGUGUUGUAAACGGCAUAUAACCAAUGAGAUAACCCAGAUCAAUUACACUACCGAAUGUCAUUCACCAUGCUACUUGGACUUUAGCGAUGGUAAUAUUGUUGGCAAUAAGGGUUUACUCCGGUGUAAAGCGUUCAACAAAUACAGCGGCACAGAUCGCAAUCCUUACUGGUCUAAGCCGUCAUUUUCCCGGUCGUUAUCCGAUAAGUUUAUGUCUAUAUUUAUAUCGUCGACCACUUGUCAAAAGUGUGGCCAUAGUUACCAAAAGCACCUGCAUCUGUACUACGAGACCGAGUCUAAAGUGACCAAGGUGACCGAUCAAGUGAUCAACAAUAAGCUCGUGUCGGCCCAAUUGGCCGCUGAGGCCAAAGAGCUGCAAAUCCGACGUCUGGACCAACGGAUUGUCGAUUUGAACGCCGAGAGCGAGACAAUCGUUCAGUCGAUGUCAAUGUUUGCCUGUUUUCUGGCCAACAAUGCGUUAACUCCUGUAAACGACGCGUUCGGGGAUUACGUCCGGCACCUGAUAGCCAACGAAAGACACGGCCCGCCCGGUGCCCAAAAUCAGGCCACAAUCGCACGGUUCGAGCAGUUGUUAGCCCAAUAUGAUAGUCAAUAUCAGAUUAUUUCUAAUGCUAUGCACAGCCCCAGCGGUGGCCAUAAUAUUACCGCUAAAAUGGUCAACGAGUGA